GGAAAUCAUUUCGGGGUCAGAGUCUGGUAAAAACUGUACAUGGCUCAAAGGCCGGAUAUAUAUCAAGAGACUGGGUGGUGCUGACUGAGGAUGCUGCUUGAUGAUGACCAGAACCAUAUCACACUCCUAAAUUUGAUUUUUGCAUCCUCACUAUGUUAUUCCACCUAAUUGAGAAACUAAAGCCAUUUCAACCCAUCUACCUUCAUGUUGAGCCCAACGAACAAACUCGGCCAAAUUCAGCUUACUGGCACCUUCAAUGCAAGGAACUUUGCAUCAGUAACCUGAGGAAUAUUCUCAAAGUCAUUACCUUAUCAACGAUAAGUGUCUUAGUUGGACUAGUCGCUGGAUACCGAUGGCGCAGUCCGGACACCACUGGAACCACACAUGGAAAGAUAUAUUCCCCGUUCGUUGAAGAGCAUCAAUCUGCUACCCGCUCUCGUCUGGUCCAAUUUGACGCUCGACUACAUCACCCAACACCUUACGGAGGACCUCCAUCCCCGGCUGUGGAUCGGUUGUGGCAGGAUCUCGCUGUAAAUUGGACUGCGGUCUCGAUACCUGAAUCACUUGGUAAAAAAGCGAACCUGGCUGGUUCGGCGCUUAUAAGACGUAGAGAUGAAGAUGGAAACCCUAUUCUUGAAUACUUUGCCUCGUUUGAAGUCUUCCAUCAGCUUCACUGUCUCGACUUGCUUCGCAAGGCUGCACAGCCCAACUACCACUACUACUCUCAGCUGGGGGAACCCAUGUUUCACGGCAAUGAACUCUACCAGCUGAGCACGCACAUUGGCCACUGCGUCGACAUCCUGCGUCAAAGUCUGACAUGCAAUCCGGAUUAUGCCCUGAUAGGCUACGUCCACGUUGAUGGGCAAGACUUCCCCGUGCCAAACUUUCCAGCGGUGAAGCACCAGUGCCGUCCGUUUGAGUCUUUUGAGGCGUUGCGAAGAUGGACGGAAGAAAGAGCCGUCGGGGAGUUAAGACUGGAAGAUCUGCUGGAUAGAACUGAUGAACGAAUCACCGUACUAAGUGAAAUCCCUUAAGGAAAAAAAAACGUGAGCGAUGCACCCCGUGAUUACUGGUAAGAAUUACCUGGUGGCUAGGUAGUAUAGCGUGUUUGCUGUUAUUGAUCACGUGACAUUGUAUUUUAAUAAUAUUAGGGGGUUUUACAAUGAAUAGGUACCUAA